AUGUUGAUUAAACCAGCAGUAUCAAAUUGAGAGUGGUGUUAUUAUUUAUAUCUUUAUAUCUAGUAUAUUUUUAUAUUUCAUUGUUUACAAUCAAGUUGUGAUAACAUCAACGUUCGUUUUAUAAGCUGCCUAUCGAAAAUGGUGAUGAAACGGGACCGACAAAAUUUCAAUUCAGUUUGAAUUGGUCACGGCACCUCGUCAAACAAUGCUGGAGUUCAAUUUCUUAAUUGUGUGUUGGUUUAUCUUGUGCUGCCUCAGCGGGAUUCAGUGCUAUGGGGGAGUCUCUCAAUGUGGACGAGUUCACAUAACGGUUUCUUCUCUCCGAGGAACUUUCUUGGAAAUGCAUUGGAUAACCGACUGUAACAAUGGUGAAACGAUCCCAGAGUACAUAAUCCUUUCCAGCAGGAAUGUGCAGGAUCGAGAUGACGACCAUGGCAUCUUACUGAAGAUAAAAUAUUCAGACUACCCAACCGGGGUUUACACCACCAAUGUCAACUUUGGACAUCCAUGGCUGCCAGGUGGAUGGGAAUACGAUGAAAAUUCGGUUCGGGCUGAUCCAGGACCGCAUUGUUUUCCUUUCUGGAUAGCUUCAGUGAAGGGCAAUGUCACCAUAGAUUCGAGAUGUCUCGCCAUUCAACCUACGUGGAUGAGCGAUAAUAGAGAAAGUAUUGGUGACCUGAAGAUAAGUUCGAUGCUCAUUCCUGGAACGCAUAAUUCUGGAUCAUUCGCAGGAGUUGUAGCUUUUUUAGAAGAUUAUGUGUUGAAUCAGGAUAGAAGUGUAUGGACCCAGCUGGCUUUUGGAAUUCGAUACUUAGAUUUUAGAAUAGGAUACUAUAAUGGUGACGGUAAAGCUGAGUCGUCAUUUCAUAACAUUUUUUCAGACAAUCCAUGGCUCUGGCACCCGCUUUCACAAUAUUGGGGCGACACUACAAAAGUACCAGCAUUGAAGGAUUACAUCCAGAAAACUAUUAACGAACGCAACCCUCUAGGAUCAACAAACCCUAACUGGGCCCUUAUGGCGGAACUAACUCCACGACCGAUUGACAUUAUUUUCAGAAGAAAUGGUCUCCGGAAGUUGGCACACGACGCGAAUGUAGAAGUGACCAAGUGGUUCCGGGAUCAGUGGGGCAAGAAAUCAAACAUCGUUGCGACUGACUACUUUUUGGGAAAUGAUAUGAUAAACGUUGCGAUGUCCAUCAAUUCUUCCUAGAAGAUGCAGCUGUUGUUUACUUAACUAUUAAAUUAUUUUUAUUUUUGA